AUGGAGCUUUGCCAGGUUGAUUGGGGUAUCGUUGAGAACAUUUUCCAUCAUAGACUUCACACUUCAUUUGCAUUUCUGAAUUUGCUCGGAAGCCCGCACCUCGUCUCAAUCCUGCCGACACGCCGCACUACGUGCCAUGAUCGACCUGAUGCGGAUGGCUUUGCGCUUCAGAUUCUAAAGCGCCGCAAGAUUUCCACGGAGCCUGCCAGGUACAAGCUGCUAAGUGCCAUUCCUCCGACUUCGAAUGUCGUAGAGAGGCUUUUCAGCGUGGCUCGAGCGGUCUUGCGUCUCGAGCGUCACCGGAUGCCACCUUUGACCCUGGAAAUGAUCUAUUUCUGA